AUGUCCUAUCCGCAGGGCUACUUGUACCAACCAUCUGCUUCUUUGGCUCUGUACUCCUGUCCUGCUUACAGCACCACUGUCAUCUCUGGACCCAGGACUGAUGAGCUGGGGAGGUCCCCUUCUGGCUCUGCCUUCUCACCUUACGCUGGAUCUACAGCUUUUACUGCCAGCUCCGCUGGCUUCAGCUCUCCCCUCCAGUACAGCGGGGACCCAGCUGCUGCCUUUACUUCCUAUGUGGGCUCUCCAUAUGAUCACAGCGCUGGCAUGGCUGGAUCAUUAGAAUAUCACCCGUAUGCUGCCCCUUUGGGAACUUACGCUUAUGGCGACCCAGCUUAUAGGAAAAAUGCCACCAGGGAUGCAACUGCCACUUUGAAGGCGUGGCUUAACGAACACAGGAAAAAUCCUUACCCAACAAAGGGCGAGAAAAUUAUGCUGGCUAUCAUUACCAAGAUGACCCUAACUCAAGUGUCCACCUGGUUUGCUAAUGCAAGGAGGAGACUAAAAAAAGAAAAUAAAAUGACAUGGACUCCGAGGAACAGGAGUGAGGAUGAGGAUGAUGACGAAAAUAUCGAUCUGGAAAAAAACGAAGAAGAUGACCCAAGUAAACUUGAAGAAAAUGGGAACCAAGAUGGAGAUGCAGGGGAUCAAAAGAGGAGUCCUGAUGGGGUCGAUUUUGUCCGGUUAGAAGGCGAAGUACAUCUGGGUAAGGAGUUGGACCAGACAAGGAACAAUUCUGAACUGAACGAAUUAGAUGAAAGAAAUGGUCAUCUGUCCAAUAGCUCUUCUCCCCCCACUCCACCUCUGUGCCCUCCAGAUCAGUCUCCGCAGGCCCAAGAAGAUCAGAAUUUGCAUGGUCACACCCACCAGUCAAUCCAGCAACUACUUCACCACAGUAACCAGCCUCAUCCAUUAGACCUGGUAAAUAGGAACACUUCUGUCCAACAUGGCCCAGUCACCAACAAUGCCACCUCAGUUAUCCACUCUCCACCAGCUUCCACCUCAAAGCCUAAACUCUGGUCCUUGGCAGAGAUAGCAACUUCUUCGGACAAAGUCAAAGAAAGAAGCAAUGCUGCUGAAGUAGCAGGGACCACUCCAGCUAAGUCUAUGGUUGUUAGUGCCUCUUCUCCAUCUAGAUCUCCUUCGGCACAGUGCCAUUUCCCCAACAACACCGUUUUGUCUCGCCCCCUUUAUUACAGCAUCCCCUUUUACCCUGGCUAUACGAACUAUGGCACGUUCAGUCACCUUCACAGCCACCAUGGACCUAGCUCAUCGGUUAACAGCACUUAUCAUUUCAAUGGAAUAAACCAGCCUGUAUUAAACAAAGCCGAGGGUUUGGCCAAAGAGUGCAAACAUAUAAGCCAGUCCCAAGAUGACCUAAAUAAAGGCACGCCUUAUGAAAUGAAGAAAGGUAUGUCUAGCAUUUAAUUUUGGCUUCUUCCACAGGCUUUGGACUAUUUCAUUUUUUAAUUUAUUGAACAUACAAUGCCUUGCCUUGUUAGUGUAUUCCUUCACCAUCAAGGAAAUAUACAGCUGAAACUCAAAGUAUUUUUGGUACUUUGAAUUAACAGAUGUCUUAAUUAAAUUAAAAUGGAUUCUGCAUAUUUUCGUAGCGAAUUUGUAUUUAAAUGGAUCAUGAAUAUCAGUAAAUUAUGAAAACAA